AUGGACAAAAAUGAAGAAACCAAGCAACCUGUCGACGUUAUCUACAACAAAAAUGAUUCAUCAGUCUCUCCCUUCAUCAGCUAUCUAACCGCGGCUUUUGACCGCAAAGGGAUCAAGCAGUUUUAUGGGCUCAAACUUUUCUUGGUGAUUUUCUCUAGUGGCUACCCAUCUUCCGUAUCAUGCCUAGAGAAACUCAUGAAGGUUCUUGAAUUAUCUCGCUGUGAUAAAAACAGCUAUGUGGUGGUUCCGGUGUUCUAUGGUGUAAGUCGAUUGGCUGUGAAGCAACAAUCGGGGACGUUUAGAGAUGCGUUCACAGAGCUCGAAAGGUCAUAUCCUGAAGAUCAGGUGACUAAAUGGCGAUUCGCUCUAGCAGAAACAGCGGAAUUGCAAGGCUGUGAGUAUAAUGAUGAUUCAAGUGAUGAAUACAAUUUUAUGGAGAAGAUCGCUCAAGAUAUGUUUGAGAAACUCUAUCCAACAGAAGAGCUUGGGAUCUACAAGCGACAACUUGACAUAGAAAACUUGCUAUGCAAGCAACCAUGGGGCGUUCGCACUCUAGGCAUUUUGGGUGAGCCUGGCAUAGGCAAGACAACGCUGACUAAAGCGGUCCACCGCAGAAUGUCUAGUGGCUAUGAUGUUUUUCGCUUCAUCGAAGAUUUCCACAAAGAAUAUAGUGAAAGGAGACUUGAGCCUUUGCCGUGUGCUUUCUUUCGUGUCACUCCAGUGGAAGAAUUUGACCUAAACAAUCCAGAUGUCGAGCCACCAAGCCAGCGCGAAAAAAGGAUUCUCCUUGUUCUAGAUGAUGUUCGAAAUGCGGGAGAUGUAGAGUCUUUUCUUGGAGUGGUUGAUCAGUUUGGUCCAGGGAGCUUGAUCAUCAUAACCUCAAGAGAUAAACGAGUUCUUGAACAGUGUCGUGUUAAUGAGAUUUAUGAGUUAAAAGGUCUAAAUGAUGAAGAUGCUAUGAAGCUAUUGACAAGGUGUGCCUUUGGGAAUGGAGUGAUAGAGCAGAAGCUUCUGGAUCUUUCAAUGAGAGUGGUUAAACGUUCUGAUGGUAACCCGUCUACUCUCAUCUCGUAUGCUGAGAAGCUAAAGGGUAAGAAAAAGACCGAAAUGAAGUCAGCUUUGCUCGAGAUCUGCCAUGAUGCAUGUAUUGACACUAAGAAGAACACAACUUCGUGCUUAACCUAUGGAAAUGCUGAUGAACAUGGCGUUUUGGACACUAGAGAGGCCAAAUCCAUAUUCCAGAAACCGUCUAUCAAGUGUGCCGCUGAAAGAUUUCUAUCUGAUCUUGAGAAUCUUCCGGUAUUCGACCAUCCCAGCCAUGUCUAUGAUCUAAAGGUUUCCCACUUGGAUCAUGACCCUGCAAUGCAAUCCUUUCUCCAAGGAUUUUCUGAUCAACUCUGCAAAAUAUGGGAACGAGGUGGAUAUUAUAAGAGCUUCCUGAGUUUGAAGAGGAUCAACCUUGAGAACUUAGAGACACUAGUUGAAGCUGAAGAACUCUCGGAAGCACCUUGCCUUGAGGAAAUCGAUCUUCGAGAUUGCAAAAACUUGGAGAGCAUACCAGUCACUGAUAAGCUAAAACAUCUCAAAGUUCUUAAUCUUUCUGGUUGCAAGGGGAUCAAACGUUAUCCAAGAGUUGUAUGGCCCUUAAUAGAAUUGAAUCUUGAAGGAACUGGUAUAAGAGAAAUCAGAUCUGAGACAACACAGUACUCUGAAUUGGGAAGGGAAGGUUUACUUGACAGGCAAGAAGUUUCAGCGUCGAGACAUUUUCUGGCUCUAAUGCUGAUCCAGAAGCUCUGUGACUGA